AUGAAGUUCACAAACUUAUCACUCUUAGCUUUAUCGGCAUCUCUUGCAUCUGCAAGAUUUGUUGAACAACACGAAACCGAUCAGGUCAUCCUAAAUUCUAAUGCUGUGACUGAUGAACGUUAUCUCAUCGAGACUGCCCCUGGCAAACAACAAUGGGUUACAGAAGAGGAGAAAUGGGAAUUAAGAAGAAAUGGGCAAAACUUCAUGGACAUCACAGAAACCCCGGAACUCGGAACUCUUAGGACUUCAUCGGUGAAGGUGAAGUUUCCAUCGAAACCUACACUUCAAAAAGACCUCAAACCUCUCCUGGAAGACUUGAGCAAGUCUAAAAUGCACAAGAAUCUCGAGACUUUCACCAGUUUUCAUACUAGAUAUUACAAGUCUGACUACGGUCGUCAAUCAUCUGAAUGGCUUCUCGAGCAAGUUCAAACAUUGAUCAAGGAUGCUGGGGCCGAUAAAUACGGAGCUCAUGCCCGUCACUUCAAACAUUCAUGGGGACAAAACAGCAUUAUUGCUACCAUUCCUGGACAGAAGAAUUCUACGGUUGUUAUAGGAGCACAUCAGGACUCAAUAAACCUCUUCUUACCUUCAAUUCUAUCUGCGCCAGGGGCAGACGAUGAUGGAAGUGGAACUGUGACCAUUCUCGAAGCCCUUCGCGUAUUACUCACAUCCAAGGAUAUCAUUAAAGGAAAGGGGGAGAACACCAUCGAGUUUCACUGGUACUCGGCUGAAGAAGGUGGACUGUUAGGUAGUCAAGCCAUUUUCUCAGAAUACGAGAAAACCGGCCGGGAUGUCAAGGCUAUGCUCCAACAAGACAUGACGGGAUACACGCAAAAGACUUUGGAUGCUGGAGAGCCUGAGAGUGUGGGAGUCAUCACUGAUUUCGUCGACCCCGAUUUGACAGAUUUUAUCAAGAAAAUCGUUACCGAAUAUUGUACGAUCGAUUUUGUGGAAACUCGUUGCGGCUAUGCUUGCAGUGACCACGCCAGUGCUUCAAAAGCCGGAUACCCUUCUGCUUUCGUAAUUGAGAGCGAUUUCAAGUAUUCUGACGAUAGAAUUCACACGUCAGGUGAUACUUUGAAUUUCUUAAACUUCGACCACAUGCUUCAACAUGCUCGUUUGACUCUUGGGUUGGUUUACGAGCUUGCAUUUGCGAAGCUAUAG